CAAUACUACACCAGCAUCGUGUUCAAUAGAAGAUGCCUCCACCUUUCAGUCUCAAUCUUCGCUUUCAGGCAUAACCUAGAUUCCCCGAGCAGGAACUCACGCGGCUUGUGAAUCCUGUCGAAAGAAGAAGACGCGAAUGCAACUAAAACCAGUGCAGUGUACUGGCGGUAGGCCUAUGUGUCAGCGCUGCAUUGAAACCACCACAAAGAUAUCAGCCCUGGAGAGUCGCAAUAGCGAAGUGAUCACCGAGUUGGAACAGCUACGCGAGCUAUACGCCCUGAUACACUCACGGUCAACUGAAGAGGCACAAGAGAUCUUCAACUGCAUACGGAAGAAUAGUAAUCCUAUCGGAGUCUUACAGAUGGCCAAGGCCUCAGACCUACUACUGCAGGGGACUUCGCCCUAAGAGACAGGCAUGAAGGUACAGGCCAGGCGGGAAUGUACUUUCGAGUAAGGCGGAACCCUUCAUCAUAACUGAGAACCAGACUCGCAGAAGAUAUUCGUAUUCUCGUUCGAGAUCGGAAGAGCAGCGGGAUAUAAUAUUAAGCCGUAAAGCUCUUCGUGGGUGUUGUAAAUGAGCG